AUGAGACUGCCCAUUGCAAGUACGACAUCUAAAGUAUACCAGGCCAAAGGCAUAAUCGGGAGCAACGAACAACCAAUAAUAUCAUCAGCCCGCGAUAACGAAGCUGAGGUUGACAAGGGCAAGGAAAUGGGAUCAGACAAAGUUUCAGAUGUUGAGAAGCAGAGCAUAGUGCCGAGUCAAGCAGUGCAAAAGCGAGGAGAAGAAUCUGAGAGUCGUUACCAGCCCAGGACUCUCAAAUUCUGGCUAAUCAUAUCAUGCAACCUUCUGUCCCUCUUUGUCGUCACGCUGGAUCGGACAAUUGUCAGUACUGCUAUUCCUCGUAUCACGGAUGAGUUCGAUAGUUUGGGCGACAUUGGCUGGUACGGUUCGGCAUUCUUGCUCACGGGAGCAACUUCUCAGCUUCUCUAUGGCCGAAUAUACAGAGCUUACGAAAUGAAGCGUGUAUUUUUACUUUCCAUUGUGAUUUUCGAAAUCGGCUCUGCCAUCUGUGCUGGACGUGCUAUCGCCGGGUUCGCAUCCGCCGGGGUCUUCUCCGGGUGCAUGCUUAUUAUAAUACCCAUGAUACCACUGCACAAGAGACCUAUGUUUCAAGGGAUGUUUGGAGGGGUCUUUGGAGCCUCCAGCGUUAUGGGACCAUUGGUCGGGGGAGCCUUCACCAGCUCGGUCACCUGGAGAUGGUGCUUCUAUAUCAAUCUUCCUAUCGGAGCAGUAACAAUCAUACUCUUGUUCUUGAUAUGGGAUCCACCGAAGUCGAAUUACGAACCUGCAUCCAUUGGAACCCAUCUAAAACGGGUCGAUCCCCUGGGCAUGUUUUUCUUCGUGCCAGCAAUUGUCUCUCUGCUGCUAGCUUUACAAUGGGGCGGCUCGACCUACUCGUGGAGUAAUAGUCGGGUCAUUGCGCUCUUCGUUCUGUUCGGUGUCUUGAUCUUACUGUUUGCCGCCGUCCAGAUCCUCAGACCAGAGACAGCUACGAUACCAGCCAGGGUGAUCACUCAAAGAAGCAUGUUUUGCGCAGCGCUUUACACCCUCUUUAUAUCGAGCUCAAUGAUACUGAUGGUCUACUUUCUUCCGAUCUGGUUCCAAACCGUCAAACUCGUCAGCCCCAUCCAGUCGGGCAUCUACACGUUACCGCUCAUGCUCAGUAUGGUUCCCGCGACAUUCAUCGCAGGGUUCAUGACACAAAAGACCGGAUACUAUGUCCCAGCCAUGUACAUAUGCCCAUGUGUUUUGUCAGUUGGAUUAGGUUUGAUGUCAACUUUCAACCUCGAUACCGACUUAUCCCAUUGGAUCGGCUAUCAGUUCCUGUCUGGAUUUGGCCUGGGAUUCGGAAUGCAAGUCUCGGGUCUCGUCGUACAGAGAGUCCUCCCGUUCGCUGAUGUACCGAUCGGAAUCGCACUCGUGUUCUUCCUCCAGCAGCUCGGGGGCAGUGUCUUUGCCACGAUUGGUCAAUCCAUUCUUACCAACUACCUUAUGCCUCAGCUCUCCGACAUUCCAGGUCUAGAUGCAAGAGAGAUUCUCAAUAACGGUGCUACGAACCUGGCUUCUGUGGUUCCAUCGGAAUAUAUGGUUCAGGUGCAGCAGGCGUACAACGGAGCUUGCACGAAAAGCUUCCUCGCUGCAAUGGGGCUCUCACUUGCUGGACUGCUUGCGUCUCUUGGUAUGGAAUGGAAGAGUAUUAAGAAGGGGAAGAAACCGGAGGUUGCUGUAAAGGAUAUGGUGCAGCGUAAGCAUCAAGAAUUGGAUGGGAAUGCAGACGCCUCAACCCCACCGUCUCGGUUGGACAACAAAGAAGAAUCCCUGACAGUAAACCUAAUCUUCCCUCUCUCGGUGUUUAUUCACGUGCUGCUGCCUAGUCCUAAGGCUACUCAAUACCCCUGGAAACCCACCACCCCCGAAGGCGAAAUCUGGCAAUCUCUCCCCCCAGCCAUCAGCAGCAGUGCAGCCGCCAACCUCACCCCCGAAGAAAUCACCAGUCUAAACCUCGACCCGAGCUCCCCAAACGCAACCAAACUUGUCCUCCUCGAACAAGCCCUUACCAAAAAGCUGCAGUGCCUCGAAAACGCUGCAAAACCCACUCCUCUCUAUGAGAAAGACCACCCCACCUGGCAGAGCUUGAAAUCCGCUCUCUUCCACAUCAAUCGCAGUACCGGCGACCUCGAGAAACAAGAAAGUCUUUUACUUGAGCAAGUCAAUCAUCCCGGACCGAAGGGAAAGGAUCUAGCUGCUUUGCAGAAUCUGGCUGGACUUUAUGAGGAGAAAGGAGAGUACAAGAAAGCGGAGAAACUUGCCCGUGAGACGAUUCCGGCGCUCCGGGAACAUCCUAUCUUGGGGAGUAAUAGUCCGCAGGUUCUUGGGUCUUUGAGGAUCUUGAUUAAGGAUUUGGCGGGGCAGGGGAAGAUUGGUGAGGCGGAGGAGGUUAUCAGGGAGGCGGAGGAGAGUAUUGAGAACUUGGCGGAGGGUCAGUUUGCGGAACAUCAGCAGGAGGAGAGGGAUGCGCUCGAGAAAGUUGUUGCUGGGUUGAAGAAGUGA